AUGCUGCUCGAGAAGGGCGCAGAUGUGAAUGCACAGGGUGGCGAGUACGGCAACGCGCUUCAGGCUGCCUCUGAUAAAGGCCAUGACAAGAUCGUCCAGAUGCUGCUCGAGAAGGGCGCAGAUGUGAAUGCACAGGGUGGCAGGUACGGCAACGCGCUUCAGGCUGCCUCUUCAAGAGGCCACGAUAAGAUUGUCCAGAUACUGCUCGAGAAGGGCGCAGAUGUGAAUGCACAGGGUGGCGAGUACGGCAACGCGCUUCAGGCUGCCUCUGAUAAAGGCCAUGACAAGAUCGUCCAGAUGCUGCUCGAGAAGGGCGCAGAUGUGAAUGCACAGGGUGGCAGGUACGGCAACGCGCUUCAUGCUGCCUCUGAUGAAGGCCAUGACAAGAUCGUCCAGAUGCUGCUCGAGAAGGGCGCAGAUGUGAAUGCACAGGGUGGCUUCUACGGCAACGCGCUUCAGGCUGCCUCU